CGGAGCAAGGGAACCAGUCCCAAAUUCAUUUUCAACUUCCGCUAGACGACAAAAAUGUUUGCCUGCGCUUGUAGGGCUAUUUUAAGGGCACAUUCUCUUAUAGAGAAUAAUAAUCAAAGGUUCUUGUCUUCAGUAUACACAAGCAAAAUAUCCCUGACAAAUCUCUAUUCUAAAAAACAGGAAGAGGGACCUGUAAAGCUGAAGGUUGAUAACAUACAAGUAAUAGAUGAAGAUACUGAUGUGGAAAAAUUUAGCGGAGUCAUACCUUUAGAUAAAAUACAGAUACAGUAUAGUCGAUCUAGUGGUCCUGGAGGACAAAAUGUUAAUAAAGUUAAUUCUAAAGUAUUCGUAAGAUUUAAUGUAGAUGAUGCAGACUGGAUACCAGACUGGGUUAAACCAAAGAUUAAAGAACAGCAAGCAAAUAAAAUAACGAAAAAUGGAGAUUUUAUAGUGACUUCAGAAAAGACAAGAAAACAGAUAUUAAACCAAGCAGACUGUUUGGACAAAAUUAGACACAUGAUAUUCCAGGCAUCUAUACUUCCUAAAGAACUUACUCCAGAACAAAAAGCUGUAAUAGAGAAAAGGGAAAGAGCAGCUAAUGAGAAAAGAAUACAGGAAAAAAAGCGACGAUCAUUACUGAAACGGUCACGAAGUAUGUCUGUUCUGGAAUAAUUUUUUGUAUUUUUUAUAUGUCAUUAAUUAAAUAUCAAAUUGAUUUAA